CUGACUGAAAUCAAAGUUAUGCAGAAAUAUAAACAUCAGAAUUUGGUGAACUAUAUCGACAGUUAUCUGGUGGAAGCGGAUGAUCUUUGGGUGGUGAUGGAUUACUUGGAGGGUGGUAAUUUAACCGAUGUAGUGGUGAAAACUGAAUUGGAUGAAGGGCAAAUUGCAGCCAUUUUAAAGGAGUGUCUUCAUGCGUUGCAUUUCUUGCACAGUCAUAGUAUCAUACAUCGCGAUAUCAAAUCCGAUAAUGUACUGCUGGGCAUGCAGGGCGCCGUGAAACUCACUGAUUUUGGCUUUUGUGCUCAAAUCCAGCCUGGAACGAAGAGGGCAACGAUGGUAGGGACACCGUACUGGAUGGCACCCGAAAUAGUGAAUAAGACGAAGUAUGGAUAUAAAGUGGACAUUUGGUCGUUGGGCAUAAUGGCGUUAGAGAUGCUCGAUGGUGAGCCACCGUAUCUACACGAAACGCCGUUGAAGGCGAUCUAUUUGAUAGCUCAAAAUGGGAAACCCGAAGUGAAGAAACGUGACACACUGUCGACAGCGUUCAACAACUUUCUGGAUCGAUGUUUGUGUGUACGGCAAGAGGAUCGAGCCGAUACAGACGAGCUGCUACGACAUCCGUUUAUCGAGAAGGCAAAACCGUUGAGUUCGCUGAUCGCCUAUAUUCGUGCCGUCAAAGAAUUGAAACUACAACAACUACAGCAACAACAACAGCAGCAGCAGCAGCUAUCCUCAUGA